CGACAGGUUCGGGCUUCCUUGCACCUAGGAAAGGGCGGUCGAUCGGCUUUGCUGCGGAAAGUAGACGAGUACUUGUUACUGUCGUUCACGAGGAAGGAAUUAUCUAUACAGUAAAUAUGCUAAUAUUGAAUAAGACAGCAGGAGUUUUUUCUAAACCAUCAAAAAGGAAUAUGUAUGAAUUUCUAAGAAGUUUUAAUUUUCAUCCUGGAAAACUAUUUCUUCAUAAACUAGUUUUGGGAAUUGAAACCAGUUGUGAUGAUACAGCAGCUGCUGUGGUGGAUGAAACCGGAAAUGUUUUGGGAGAAGCAAUACAUUCCCAAACCGAAGUUCAUUUAAAAACAGGUGGGAUUAUUCCUCCAGUAGCUCAACAGCUUCAUAGAGAAAAUAUUCAACGCAUAGUGCAAGAAGCUCUCUCUGCCAGUAAAGUCUCUCCAAGUGAACUCUCAGCAAUUGCAACUACCAUAAAACCAGGACUUGCUUUAAGCCUGGGUGUAGGCUUAUCAUUUAGCUUACAACUAGUAGACCAGUUAAAAAAGCCCUUCAUUCCCAUUCAUCAUAUGGAGGCUCAUGCACUUACUAUUAGGUUGACAAAUAAAGUAGAAUUUCCUUUUUUAGUUCUUUUGAUUUCAGGAGGUCAUUGUCUUUUGGCAUUAGUUAGAGGAGUUUCAGAUUUUCUGCUUCUUGGAAAGUCUUUGGAUAUAGCGCCAGGUGACAUGCUUGACAAGGUAGCAAGAAGACUUUCUUUAAUAAAACAUCCAGAGUGCUCCACCAUGAGUGGUGGGAAGGCUAUAGAACAUUUGGCCAAACAGGGAAAUAAACUGCAUUUUGAUUUCAAACCUCCCAUGCAACAUGCUAAAAAUUGUGACUUUUCUUUUUCUGGACUUCAUCACAUUAUUGAUAAGAUGAUAAUGCAAAAGGAAAAAGAAGAAGGUAUUGAGAAGGGGCAAAUCCUGUCUUCAGCUGCAGAUAUUGCUGCUGCAGUACAGCACACAGUAGCCUGCCACAUUGCAAAAAGAACACAUCGUGCUAUUCUAUUUUGCAAGCAGAGAGACUUGUUAUGUCAAAGUAAUGCAGUACUGGUUGUAUCUGGAGGCGUUGCAAGUAACUUACAUAUCCGAAAAGCUCUGGAAAUCGUGACAGAUGCAACACAAUGCACUUUGUUGUGUCCUCCUCCCAGACUGUGCACUGACAAUGGCGUUAUGAUUGCGUGGAAUGGUGUUGAAAGAUUGCGUGCUGGCUUGGGCAUUUUACACAGCACAGAAGGCAUCCGCUAUGAGCCAAAAUGUCCUCUUGGAGCAGAUAUAUCAAAAGAAGUUGGAGAAGCUGCCAUAAAAGUACCACGAUUAAAAAUGAAGAUUUGAUUUUUGCUUUUCAAAAAUAUCCCUAAAGGAAUAUCGGGCUUCCCUGGUGGCGCAGUGGUUGAGAGUCUGCCUGCCAAUGCAGGGGACACGGGUUCGAGCCCUGGUCUGGGAGGAUCCCACAUGCCGUGGAGCAACUGGGCCCAUGAGCCACAACUACUGAGCCUGUGCAUCUGGAGCCUGUGCUCCACAACCUGAGAGGCCGCGACAGUGAGAGGCCCGCGCACCGCGAUGAAGAGUGGCCCCUGCUCGCCUCAAGCAGAGAAAGCCCUCGCACAGAAACGAAGACCCAAUGCAGCCAAAUAAAUAAAUAAAAUAGGAAUAUCUAUAAUCUAAGUUCUUAAAAUUUCAAAGUAUCAAAACUAUUCCAGAUGCUAUAAACACACAUGUCAAAAUUAAGUUCAUGAUAUAAAUCAGGUAAACUACAGAUAAAAAAAACAAGCAAAUUCUGGAAGCAUUCCAUAUAUUUAGGUCUUUCAGUAUUUAGCCAGAAGGAAGGAAGAGAAAGGGAGAAACAUUGAACUCUAUGUUGGUAAGCAUGUGUGCCAGUUAGCUUAUAGUACAGGUAAGAGGCAGGCAAUUUGCUGAAACUCUAUAUAUUGAGGCCUUUCUCAUCUUAUGUAUAAUUUUUAAAAAUAAAAAGCAAGUGCAGGGUAAUAAACAUAAUCUGUACUUUGGGGCUGUACUUAAGGAGAAAUACUGUAAAGUUUUAAGCGUGGUAGGUUGGCCCGGCUAGGCCUAGAUACUCAGGAAAUGUCUGUUAUUGAAUGCAAAAAAACCCUGAUCAUCAACUUUGAAACCACCUGAAGCCAGUUUUAAAGCUCAAAGUUUGCUGUCUAAAGGCUUUUAUCUUUUGAAUGUCUAGAGAGGCUUAAUGUUUCCAAUGAUAUGAAUUAACAGUGCUGAAUAAAUGACACAGGUUUGUAUCA